GAGUGAGUGAGAGUGAGAGAGUCCGCUUGCAAUCGUCUCUCCUCGUCACGAGAUGAUGGCCCUGCUGCUGCAACUGGGAUCAUCGUGAGGAGGGAGGGAGGGCGGGGCCACCAUCUCUGUGCCAAUGCGAGAGCUCAGCCUACCGACCACCAUCUAACGCUCACAUUAGGUCCGGUGGCGAUCUACCUUGACACGGGAUGCGUGUUUACUGGGAAUGCCAAAAUUGUAGUCAAGGUGGGCCGCUCUGCUUUUGGAGCCGUCUCGUCACGCUUUCCGGGCUGGCUGUGGGAUCAUCUGCCCGUCGUCAUCUAACGGUAGCUCGCUGUACAGAGUUCCAUGUAGAGCUCAGCUGCAUGUCCUGGGCUUUCGCAUCGCUACUCAACUUCUCGUAUCAAAGUGUUGUUGUGGGCAAUUAGGGUUCGGAGGACAGUUUGAGGUUUUUGUUGAGUGGCUCCCGCUGGAGGGUAGUGGCGACUUUUAGUGGUAUUUUUUGCAUGGUUGGUGAAUGAAGCUGGGGGGAAUGUGGUGAAGUUAGAUUUGUAGUCGAAGUUUUUGGUUCUCAUGGGUGAUAUGCACAUGUUCGCGUCAUGUGAGAGUUGCAUAUUGAUCCAGCUGGAUUGUCGUUGUUGCCUUAAGGAUUCGGGUUCAGUCUAUAUUGGGUUUGUCUUUGUCCGUGUGGCAUUACGAUUUGGGUGUCGGUAGAAUGGCGGUGGGACAUCACAGUGACGUGUGUAGGAAUGCGGGCAACUCCGAUCUCGCCGAUGCGAGUAGAACGAAAGAUACUAAGAUAGCUCGUGGGUCGUGGUUACAAGCGGAUCCUGAGACGCGGCGCAAGAAGCGUGUUGCCAGGUACAAGGUGUUUACGGUGGAGCGGAAGGUGAAGGAGAGUGUCAGGAGCGGCUGCCGGUGGAUCAAAAACAAGUAUAUAGAGGUUCGGUAUGGGUGGUUCUAAUUAUGCCAUCAUUGACCACCUGCACAACUCGUGUCAACCACAGGGGGCUCGAAGUUCCCUUCCAAUUGGCAACUCCCCUAGUCUAUAUCCCACAUUUGACCAUUAUUAUUGCGUUCAAUUCAUUGGUUGCAUCAGAAGUUGGAUGCAGAACGCACAUGAUUAUUGUGAAUAGUUCGUGUUACUGUGAUCUUGGAGAAUAUAUGGGUCUGAUCCGAUCCAAUUCUGUCGCUUGCAAUCUGUAUUGUACUAUUUAGAAUUAAGAUUUCAUCGAAUGGUAAAGUAGGAUUGGGAACUGCCCCUGCAGUUCGAUUACAUCAGACAUUUAGUUGGUGGCUUCUUCAAUGAAGCAUUUUUAGCGGCAUAUUUUGGCAGCAGUGUUGGGCGUAGCAGCGCCCGUCGCUCCUGCUCAUCGUUGACACUGUUCACCUUUGCCUAGCACCUGAUGCAACCCUGUUUGUAAGAUAAUAUUACUGAAAUUGGGUUCUAUGGAGUGUCAUAUCUGUGAGGGUGGCACGGCCUUCUCUAUGAAACAUUAUGCAUUUCGGAAAUUGAUCAAACUUCGUUUUACUCUGAUGUAUUUAAGGCAGCUACUUCUACUGAUGCAGCAUACUGUUACAAAUUCGUCAGCCUAUCUCCAUUGCUGCUCCACAUCUUCAAUCUUGAAUGAUUCCAACUGAUCGUUGUUACCGUGCUGCUUCCAUGAACAUAGCAUGCUCCUUCACAUGGCAUCUAAGAUUAUUAUUGCGAAACUUGCAUGCGGGGACUCUCUAAAUCCAACUACAACUGUAAUCGUCGGGAACGUCCACUGGGUCACGAAUACGUCCUCUUACCUCUUCAUCCUCACUGGACGGCAAGAAUCUCAUCUUCUUUUCUUGCUUUUUCAAUGUGUUAGAAUUUUAUAUGAAAAUUUAUUGUUAAUUCUAAGUCUAAUGCUAAGCAGCUUUGAUCAACAUAGCGGUCAUACACUCGAAGUGUUACUUAUAUUUAUAACCUCAAGCUUAAGUUGCACAAACUCGUUUAACCUAAAUCCCGAACUUGGUGGGAUGUCGCUUGACGUGGCAAUGGACGUGGAGGAGACAUCGGAUAGACACCAAAGCAACAAUUUCGUUAAUUGUUGAGUUUCUAACCGUCUCGAUCGAGGUCAGGUGGAGGCAACGAUAAAAUCAAGUUUUUCCCACGCAUCCGCACUGUUUGAAUCGACUUCUGAUUCUGCAUCCCACUUCCAGUUUCCGGAUUUCCUGACCCUUGUGCCAAUAAGUAUCCCAGCAUGAAAUUUUCUGUGGGGUUCAUAGUUGUGGUUCUGGUCAUGACCGCCAUGUGGAUUUCUGUUGCUGGUGUCGAGGACAGAAACCAUAUUUUCGUCAGCAACAGGAGCAUGAGGAAUGUAAUGGUGAACGUGCGCUUCGACAAUGGCUCAAAUGCUGAGAUUAAAGGCUACGCAAACAUCAAAGUCGGUCCCAGAUCGUACGCGAGCAUUGGAAACAACAUAGAAGCGGGCAAGGUGUUGGUGGAAAUUUGGAUUCAAGGUUCCGAGCAGAAACAGCAUUUCGAACUCACGAUUGGCACCGAUCGCGGCCUAGUGGCUCUGGACAACAAGGACCGUUGGGGUGUUGACAUCUUCGAGAGUGUUUACAAAUCCGUCAACAUCCCCAAAGGAGGGUCGAUUGCUACUCUCUACCCUGCUUUUUGAAUGUGACAGCAGCUCAUGACAACCCUUGCAGCUUUACACUUCAUGCAGCACUUGUAGGACUUGAUGAUAACCUUCAACUACUCCGCACUAAAUGGUAACCCUUGUCGAAAGUUUUCGCAGUUGUGGCCACUCUUGCCAGGACGCUUUUGAUCGCCUCCUGAUUUGUUGGACAAUGAGCUAACAGUAAUUUGGGAAAAGAAAUUGUGUUACAUUAUGUUUUAUUGCCCUUUCUGUUUCAAAACUUGAAACCAGCUUUCAAAUGUUUUGACUUGGAUAACCAGUCAGAAGACGACUCAUCUUCUACAUAGUUAUCAUAUUGCAAUUUAUCCUUGAAAGGGGAAGUGCUCUUAACUUGAGAUCUUCAAAUCCAGUAAGAAAUUCAGGAUUUCCUUCAUGCCUACAUUUGCUGUGAGGGAGUAGUAAUGAGUCUAUCCCUCUCAAGCCAUCGUGAGCAGCAACAUGGUCGGCUGACACUAUGUGCUGUGCCAUAUUGUUAUUAGCUGACUGAACAAAACACGUGGCGGAACUGGUAACUGAAUUGGCACUUGCAGAUUCCAAUGACGAGUCAGACUUGGUUUUGCUGAUAGUUACAAACUGGCACCUGCCGUCAAACGCCGCUCCAAGCGGCCGAAUACUGGACCACCAAGGGUCAUCCUGGAUAAGGUCCCCUUACCCAGAUCUAGUCACCCCUUACAAGUAACCAAUGUUUCUUCAAAUCGAACAAAUAAUCACUCCCCUAACGGCAAGUAAUGAGAAUUCAAAAAUUCAUGACGGGCUUUGACACUAUGAUUCGCUUGGUUCUGCUUCAAACCUCCACUGCACGAAUAACGCAUGUGGUGUAUAAUUUGGGAAGCUUUUUGUAAACUCUCCUGACUCCUGUGGUACAAUCCUUCAAUUUUUUGUGGGUUCAACUCAAGCUUCAUGAUAGUUUGUCCAAUUAUACCUGUUAGAAGUCAUUCGGCUUGGUCAAAAGUCUUCUGACGGUAUAAUGUCGCCACAGCGUUGUGCAGGCUCACCGACAUAUACCAUAAAUCCAGCACCAAAACACAGACUUCCUCUUUGCUCCAGACGACGCUAGUAAUGAGAUCAAGGUCGUGAAUCUGGAGCCAGCCUUACAUCUCCCAUCUUCGACUUCAGAAGUAAUGAUUCUCGCAAUUUGGAUGCUUCCAGAAUAAUUGACCAUCAUCUUCUUGUUUUCGAGGGAGACCCUGGUUUUCCUGAGGUCUUUCCUAGUGAAAAGGAAAGAAUGACCAGGUGAUUCUGUGGCUACUUUCCUGAAAUUGCAAGGUUGAGAUUUCUCUACACCAAGUCAAGGGAAGCGUCCUCCUCUGCUGUAGAGGCUUCGUGAUUAGCGGUGGAAUGUGGUAGCCCAUCGCAUAUCAAUGCGACGAUCAUGCUUCUCUAGGAAAUUUUCAACUAUACACUUCACUUUCGAAAACAAAGCACUUUUCAUGACAAAUGUGCGCUUUUGUAUUUCCCCAUUUCCUGAUUGUUCUCAUAAUUAAGCAUUGUGGAAAACAGUAGCAGGUUUU